UGUUCCUAGGCCGUCAUUGAAAAUAAGAAUUUGUUCUUAACUGACUUGCCUAGGAAAAUAAAAUCAAUUUAAAAAAUCCACAGUUGCACAAAAUACUAGGCCACUUGCCUGUUUGCAAUACUUAAACCACUCGAAACUGUGCGUACGCAUGGUCUAAAGUUUGCAGGAAGGUGAGCACAUUCUCAUGUCAAGUUAACUUUUGCAUGAAGACUGGCACACGCAUGUUUUGGGGUAUAUUUUGUACAGGUUUAUAAAUGAGGCCCCCACCACUCCAUUCGUGUGAAAGGGACUAGUAAUCUGGUGCUUGAUUGGCUGAAUCAGUAGCUGACUAGCAGCAGGGACAUCAUGUUCUGCCCUGUUACGCAGGCUAAUUAAAUGGCAAAGAAGCAGCAGAAGUCUUAAGAGUCAGGACGAAAAUAUACCACAUCAACCCACAAAGGCUUUCAAAUCUGAAUUUCACUGCAUGACUCCUAUUACCCAGGCAAAUGUCAUCUACUAGACUCCAUUUACUUAUACUGUAUGAGUUUUUUUCCAACAGAUUUCCAUUCAUUCUCCAUGUCAUGUUUGCAUGCUUGUAGGCAUGUUAUGUGUUAGUUUUGACACAUUACAGUAUGUUUGUGCAUGAUCUAAUGCAUGUGUGUUACUACUGUUACUGUACGACUAUGGAGGUCUGACCCUGAUGGGGCUGGUUGGGUGUGGUGGUGUGGCAGGACUCGAUGGGCCGGCGUCCUUCCAGGAAGAGGGCCAGAUCCAGAUCAUGACGGUAUUUCAAGUAGUAUGAACUUUGACGAAGAGGAGGAUGACGAGGAUGAAGUCAGUUCCAGUUCCUCUCAGCUCAACAGUAACACACGUCCAGGCUCUGCCACCAGCAAGAAGUCCUGCAAGGAGGCAGCCUCAGCGUCCACCCCUCCCGUCAGUGAGCCGGCCAUCGACGUGGAUGACCUGGAAGAGUUCACCCUGAGACCAGCCCCUCAGGGGAUCACGGUGAAGUGCAGGAUCACCAGAGACAAGAAGGGCAUGGACCGAGGCAUGUACCCUACCUACUACCUCCACUUGGAGAGGGAGGAUGGGAAGAAGGUGUUCCUGUUAGCUGGAAGGAAGAGAAAGAAGAGCAAAACAUCUAAUUACCUCAUCUCCAUCGAUCCCACCGAUCUGUCUCGAGGGGGGGAGAGUUUCAUCGGGAAGCUGCGGUCCAACCUCAUGGGAACCAAGUUUACAGUGUAUGACAGUGGACAGAACCCUGGGAAGACAACCUCCAGCCUAGAGGCUACUAACCUGCGGCAGGAGCUGGCAGCUGUCUGCUAUGAAACCAAUGUUUUAGGGUUCAAAGGACCUCGUAAAAUGAGUGUCAUCAUUCCUGGAAUGAACAUGGACCAUGUGAGAGUCGCCAUCUGCCCACGGAAUGACCAUGAGUCUUUACUGGCGCGGUGGCAGAACAAGAGCACAGAGAGCGUGAUCGAGCUUCACAACAAGACCCCCGUGUGGAACGACGACACUCAGUCCUACGUUCUCAACUUCCACGGCAGAGUCACUCAGGCCUCAGUCAAGAAUUUCCAGAUCAUCCACGACAAUGACCCGGACUACAUUGUGAUGCAGUUUGGGCGGGUUGCGGAGGAUGUAUUCACCAUGGACUAUAACUACCCUAUGUGUGCCCUCCAAGCCUUCGCCAUUGCUCUCUCCAGCUUUGACAGCAAGCUGGCCUGUGAGUAGGAGCCACCCUCAGUCCUUUCCCUCCUGAGAAGCUACCUGCUCCAAACUGAAGGCCUACUCAUGGGCCUCCAUUAGUCCAUCAGUCCCCUCACCAAGGGCUGCAGUUAAUCCCGGGUCACCAUUGGGGCCCAACACUGUUCAAGAAUCCCCCCUGGAAUUUGCUUAAGCCGAGGAUGGUGUGGAGGCACAAUCUGUCUGCAAGAGUGUCUGUGAGUGUGUGUAUGUGUUCUGGUGCUCCUUAGGAACCCUUCCAGUCUCUAUUCGGGAUAAGGAUAUGUCAAUCAUUGAACAGGACAAGCACAAAGACUAAUCCACUCUUGAUUUUAAUAGAUCAUGUUUUAAAUUAAAUAUGUAACAAUGAAUUCUGUUACUUUAUGUA